UGCGGUUUUGUUCCGCGGUGACUGAGGCUCACCGUCCCCAUGCGCGGAGCGCGGCCUGCGCCGCCGGCGCCCUGCCCCAGCUACGGAGCUCGGUGCUCACUCGCCGCGCGGAGAGUGCUCUGCACCGUCGUUCGCCUGCUCUUCGCUAAGAGCUCCAGCCACCGCAACGCCGUGUCCUUGCGCUGUGAUCCCGGAGUCUCCUUACGUCGGCCGGCGCCGCGCAGCCGCACGUCGAGAGCCGGGUGCAUCGGCACAGCGCGCGGAACACCCUCUAGGGCCAGCCGGCGUCUCAGCACUUUAAGGAAGCAGGAAGUUUGACGAGAUAUGAUGGUCCCUUAAGGGAAUCCCAAGAGCAGAUCCUCCCCAACGACCUGUGGAAGGUGACUUGGAAGUGUAUUCCGAAGCCACUUUUCUGCGUAGACUGAGGGCGUGAUUGAAGCAAGGACAACCAUGUUAAAUGGGAUUGGAUACAAAGACAGUGACCUCAUGCUGACAGUCUCCAUGGUAGCUGCCCAGAUUCUUGAACAUGCCUCUCUUGAGCACAUGGACAGGACCAGUUCUUAAGGGGGAAACCUUGCUGUCUACAAUUGGACAAACAUUAUCUACAGAGAACUUAAUAUUAGAGUUUCUACUAUUAAGUCAUUUGGGGAAAAGAUCUUAGCAGAGACAAAGCCCUGAAGAGUCUGGAAAUGGGUCAGCAUCUUUAAGUCAGAGCUAUAACCCUGAGUUUGGCUCAGACCUGAUGGCUUGAGCCUGCUGAUGUCCAGUGUUCUGGAAAUCCAGUGCCCAUAGAUGUGGACUAAGGAAGAGCCCGGCCAUGGUCACUCUCAUCACAGAGAAGCUGCAGAACCAGAGCUUGGAUGACCUCACCCGCAGGGCCUGUGAGGCUGGCCCGUAUUCUGCUGAGAAACUGAACAAAAGUGGCCAUUUGUUCCCUUUGGAGAUCGGCGUGAAUAAAAGUCCCUGGAAGGCCUUACGUGGAGGAUGGCCCACUGGAAGCCAGGCAGCCUCAGGCCCCUUCUCAGUGGGCCCACAUGGUGUGUCUCACACCGAAGGUCUCAAGUGGCAGCUGGAAUCCCCAGGGCCCAUGGAUGUGGGCCACUUCCUGGACCUCCAAGAUAGCACAGGGCCACCUGCAGCACCACCAACCAAGCGACACUGCCGGUCCCUGUCAGAACCAGAGGAGCUGGCUCGAUGCCGCUCCCCGUGGCGUCCUGGUAGCUCCAAGGUGUGGACUCCCAUCUCCAAGAGGAGGUGCAACAGUGGUGGGAGUGCCACACUUCAGUGCUGCAGCGGCGUGGGCAACCCUACUCUGCAGGGCACUCUAGUCCCCGGCCUACCCAGGAGGCCUGUGUCACCCUCUGGCCCUACCUCACCCCUGACGCCCCGGCCAGCUUCAGCCAGCAGUGGCUUUGUGGAUGGCAGUGAGGGCAGUACAAGCUCAGGCCCACCCUGGCUUUCUACAGGACCCUGCCCAUUUUCUUCCAGGCGCCGACUGUCCCUCUCACAAGAGCACCUUGUAGAUACAGGCGCUUGCCUGCCUUCAGCCAGCAGCACCCCCACUUCCACACCUGAGCUAGGCCGGCACCAUGGCCUGCUCCGGUGCCGCUCACAGCCUUGUGUAUUGGAUGGGAGGAGGGUCCGGCGCAAGCGAAGACGGGAGGAGGAUGCCAGGUGGACACGCCCAUCCUUGGACUUUCUGAAAAUGACACGGACUUUAAAAAACUCCAAGAGCCUUUGCUCCCUGGACUAUGAAGACGAGGAGGAUGAUACCCAGGAGAAGACUGUUGUGUCCUCCCCAUGUAACUCACAGGGCCUCGUGGGCAUCAUCACACCGAGCUCUAGCCCAAGGAUUCCCAGGCCUGGCCCUGCCAGUCCCAGUGUCUGGGCGUCAGGGGAGCCAGAGGCCAGCCCAGGCGAGGGUGGGAGCAGUGGGGACCCCAGUGACUGGGACAGUGCAGGAGAGGAGGGCAUCUUCCCACUGGACCACGGCGACCUGGACUUGGAGCAGAUUGAGAACAACUGACUUUGGCUGAGCAGGAUGACUGUGGUUGCUGUCUGUCACCUUGGUGCCUGACCAGUGGAAAUAACUUGUGUGUUAUUUUGAAAAUUGAGGCGUAAUUUUGAUUCAGUUUUUCCUAAAGAAGUAUUUUGCAUUUUUAUGGCUUCUACAGUUUGGGAGAGCUUCUCUAUUUUGAAAUGGGUUUUCAGAGGGCAUUCUAUUAAACAUGAUUCUGCGUAGA